AUGUCUGAAGCUAGAACAUCACCGGACUUUUCCCCGAGCCUGCCUGCUAUAGCUGUUCACCUCCCUGUGGACCCGAGACCAGCGAAGACAUUCAGCUUAGACUGGAAGGCAACACCAUUGGUCUGGCCUUUGCCGUUGAGCUGGCUGUCAAUGUUGGGAUCUGCUUCAGUUUGCUGUAUAGAAGUGGUUGGAGUUUUCAGCUCUGAGAAAUCACAGCCCGAGAGCGUUUGCUCGCCCGCCACCAUGAGCACCAGCCGCCCCGAGCCAGGUGUCCGGCCACCCUGGAGCCCCCGCCCACAGCCCCUGUCCCGGAGCUCGUCCAGCCUGCUGGGUGAAGGCCAGGGGCAGAGACCAGAGCUCCGCAAGAGUGCCAGCAGCACCGUAUGGCAGGCCCAGCCGGGUGAGGCCAGCAGCAGUCCACAGGGCCCAGAGGAGGAGGAGCAGCACGCUGAGAGCGAGGAGCAGGCACAGGCAUCCAGCUCCCGGCCCCAGCCCCGUGCUGUGGGCCACUGGCGGAGCAGCACUAUGGGCAAUGUGUCUACCGUGGGCGGUGGUGAUCUGUGUCGCCUGCGGGCCCCUGGUGCCACUGCCAUGCAGAGGAGCCACUCGGACCUGGUCCGUAGCACCCAGACCCGGGGUCGCGGUGCUACCCAGAAGGCCAGCCUCAGCUGCUCGGCCCUUGGCAGCUUGCCUGUCCACAGAGCUCGGCUGCAGCCCAGCCGUACUUCUGGCCAGGGAGGCCAGGCCCCUGCCGACCUAGAAAGGGACCUGGCUCCAGAGGAAGGGUCUUCGAACUCAGCCUGGACACUGGGAGAGAGUCAGGUGAGGGUAACACCACCAGACCUGGGAGGGACAUCUCCCCCCAGCAGCAGCCCCCAAGCUGGACCCGAAGCCACUGGGCAGCCGGCAACAGCCUCCUGCCAUGCCCUGUCCACAGCAACUCUACUAUGCGGGAUGAGGGAGGUGGGGACCAGUGGCUGCUGCCAUGCCCUGCCAGCCCCAGGGAUCCUGGCCUUCCCCAAGCUAGUGGCCUCUGUGAGUGAGUCUGGGCUACAGGCACAGCAUGGGGUGAACUUCCAGUGCAGAUUGCCUGGGGUGCUCCCUGGGCAUUCCCACUGUUGUGCCCACCACCCUUGGGGUCCCACCGGGUUAGCCACGGAGCCUGGUGCCAGGACCAAGGAUGUGUGGACCAUGACCUCAGCCAGUGACUUGGCCCCUGUGUUGGCAUCCUCUCUGUCAUCCCAGGAUGCUGGUGUGCAGGCAGCGCCCAUGGCUGUCUGCAAGGCUGUGGCCACCAGCCCGCCCCUGGGAGGCCCUGCGGCCCUGCACACAUUCCCUGAGGUAACCGUGGGGGCCAGCCUGGAGGAGGCACCCUCCCCUGUGCGGGAUGUGCGAUGGGAUGCUGAGGGCAUGACCUGGGAGGUGUACGGAGCUGCAGUGGACCCCGAGGUGCUGGGCGUGGCCAUCCAGAAGCAUCUGGAGAUGCAGUUUGAGCAGCUGCAGCGGGCGCCCACCAGCGAGGACAGCCUGUCAGCAGAGGGCCGCCGGGGGCCGCUGCGAGCCGUCAUGCAGUCCCUGCGGCGCCCCAGCUGCUGCGGCUGCUCUGGUGGAGCUCCCGAGUGA